AUGAAUGAAGAUCGUCCAUUAAUAAAACAAUCCAUGGUUCGAAAACUUCGUACAAACCAUUCACAAUCAACUGUUUUGACUAGCAGUUCUGCUGAUUCAUCACCAAACAAUAGUAAUAAUAGGCGAAAAUUAUUUUAUUGUACAGAUGAUUAUCCUCAGCAUUCACUCGAAGAUGAAGGUUAUGCCAGCAUUACAACGACAACUACAACGUUGGGUAGUCAAUCAGUGGAAACACCGUUUCUCCCUUCAAGAAGUUCAUCGUUUACAAAACAAUUUCAAAAAAAUGAUUCAGAUACAGAUGAUUCUGAUUCAUUUGACGAUAUGAUCGAUUGGCCAUCGUUAAAUAAUCAUGUACAAAAUCUUGUUGAUCGUCUCGAUAGUUGGUUAAAUGAACCACUUCCAGAGCGUCACAUACGAGUAGAACGGCCUCAUGUACGAAACUCUUAUCCAGUUUUACAGAGAACAUCAACAAUACCAACAAUCGAUUUAUUAUCAAGAUCAACAACACCUAAAAUACCAAAUCAGAGCAAUAUCAUUGUUAGUUUUGUACCUAGAGAUAACCAAGUUAAUAAAACUAUCAACUUGACGCGAUCAGAUUCGCCAUCUGAUAUGGCCAAAUUAAAAAAAAUUAACACUACACCACUAACAGAAGCAAAUAAUCAACCAAUCCAGCAAUCUCAACAGUGUACAUAUUGCGCAAAACUUAUUCGAGUUUCUAUUGAAUCAUCUGUUAACGACAACAUAAAACGCUACACGAUGUGUCCAUACUGUGAAAACAUUUACUGUAAUAAAUCGUGUCAGAAAAACGACUGGACACUACAUAAACAAAAUUGUCGCCUAUCAUAUGCUUAUAGCUGCUGUGGAUAUAUUUUACGGCUAAUGAAAAGCAAUUCAUAUUUGUUUGUACGUUUAAAUGCCUUAGCUCGAAGCGGUUAUUUGACAUUGGGUAGAGGAGCCAUUACAUUGUAUUUUGAUAAUAUGCAAGAAGCUGAAUCGUAUGUUAAUUCUGAUGUAGAAUAUAAUCAUUUAAUGGCAGUUUACUGGCCAUUAAAUACAUCUUCGAAUAAAUCGACACAAAAUUUACGUUUGAUUGAGUUAGAACGUUUGAAAGAAUUAUGUGCAAUCUACGAACCAGAACAAGAAUUCAUUUGUCAUGUAACAAUAAAAGCAGAAAAUGAUUGUAACAAUCGACAUUAUCGUUAUACAUGCGUUAGUCGAACAAUAAAUUAUAAACUAAUCGAUACUAAUUUAUCACAAUCUCAACAAUCGAAUAAUAAUACAUUGUUCUUAACGUCUUUAUAUGAGAAUCUAAAUAGUAUCGAUAUAACUACGACUCGACACGCUUAUUUUGCUAAUUUACAAGUAGAACUUCGAAAACGUGGAAUUGAAAUUGAAGAACAUUAUCCAGAAUUAUAUGAAAAAUUAUGUGAAUAUAUAUCCUCAACCGAAACACUUCAAUAUUUUACGCCCAUCUGCCUGUUCAUGAGACAUCGUUAUUUAAAUCAAUUAUUCAUGUGUGUUAUUAUGCCUGAUUCUGACGUGGAUCGAUCCUGGUUAAUUGAUCGAUGUUUGCUAAAUCAAACGAAUAUUUGUGAUUCAUAA